CGUCAAGGAUAACAUAUGAAACAGGACUGCGUCAACUAGGGCUAUCUGCCUUUUCGCUGCGGUCUCUGGUAUCGGUAUUUCCGUCUGUCUUGACUUGGAAACUUGCAUGAAUAUCCGCACCUCAAAAGUUCCGGUCGUCGUGCUCGUCAAUCAAUCCGCUAGAGAGAAAGGCUUUGAAGCUGAUAAUCAAAUAUGUUCUGAAACCCAGCUGAUAGCAUGGCCCGAGGCGCAGAAGGGGUCGCCGUCAGUACAGAUAUACUGCCUGAUCGGGUCAACCCAUGAGACCUUCCGCCGUUCAGGUCAGUACGACCUCAUAUCUCCAGGCGAUUCGAGGUUGCCAGGGCGCAUCAAUACUCGUGCCGUUGCCUCAAAAGAGAUAGGAGGGUCGGCAACGUUGGGGUUGUGGCGGAUAUUUGCAACGUACAAGAUUCGCCACCGAAACCCUCUAAGUUGCAACUCGAGAAGGUCAAGGGACCGGCACUUGUCGCGUAUGUUGUGGCCGAGUAGAUGUCGACCAACACAUCUGACUUGUCGAUUUUCCAACGGGGGAUCUGCAUAGUCCAUGCGGAAAUGCACUCAAUCACUUGACGUCGAACUGACGAGCUUGAUGCUUGCCGUUUAUGCUAAGUCAGUUGCUGAUAACGGAUGGCUGCUCCCUCUUUCGAGCCUUUUCGAAUUUGCCCAAUUGACAUGUACA